AGGUUGGAUUCAACAAAAAGUGCAAUACACCAAUGCCUAUCAUUUUGGUGGGCCGCUUCACUUCACACUUCACACCAAUUUAUUAUAGAAAAAUCAUAUUGUUAUUAUCAACUUUUUAGAAGGGAAAAAAAAGGGCGGAAGAAAACAGAGAGUAACUGGGAUUGGACCGUUAACUGAGGAUAUUCGAAAAGUAUCGACUGGGGUAAUUUCGUAAUUUUCGAACGACAACAGAUCGCAAGAGAAGCCCUAGUUCUCGCGCAUCCGGUCAAUAUAUAAACCCAGAGACGCCUACCCUUCGCCGUCUCCGCAUCCACUCCUCCAUCUCUCAGUCGGGCUCGCAAGCGAAGUCUCCCUCACUCUCUCUCUCGCUGCGAGAUUUGCCAUGGGUAAAGAGAAGACUCACAUCAACAUUGUGGUCAUUGGCCAUGUCGACUCUGGAAAGUCGACCACCACCGGUCACUUGAUCUACAAACUUGGUGGUAUUGACAAGCGUGUCAUUGAGAGGUUUGAGAAAGAAGCUGCUGAGAUGAACAAGAGGUCAUUCAAGUAUGCCUGGGUGCUCGACAAGCUCAAGGCUGAGCGUGAGCGUGGUAUCACCAUUGAUAUUGCCUUGUGGAAGUUUGAGACCACCAAGUACUACUGCACAGUCAUUGAUGCUCCCGGACAUCGUGACUUUAUCAAGAACAUGAUUACGGGUACCUCACAGGCUGACUGUGCUGUCCUCAUCAUCGAUUCCACCACUGGUGGUUUUGAGGCUGGUAUUUCCAAGGAUGGUCAGACCCGUGAGCAUGCAUUGCUUGCUUUCACUCUUGGAGUGAAGCAAAUGAUUUGCUGCUGCAACAAGAUGGAUGCCACCACACCAAAAUACUCCAAGGCUAGGUACGAUGAGAUCAUCAAGGAAGUGGCCUCCUACCUCAAGAAGGUUGGAUACAACCCCGACAAAAUCCCAUUUGUCCCUAUUUCUGGAUUUGAGGGAGACAACAUGAUUGAGAGGUCCACCAACCUGGACUGGUACAAGGGCCCAACCCUUCUUGAGGCACUCGACCAGAUCCUGGAGCCCAAGAGGCCAUCAGACAAGCCUCUCCGUCUGCCACUUCAGGAUGUGUACAAGAUUGGUGGUAUUGGUACUGUGCCUGUGGGUCGUGUUGAGACUGGUAUGAUCAAGCCCGGUAUGGUUGUCACCUUUGCCCCAUCUGGUCUGACAACUGAAGUUAAGUCUGUUGAGAUGCACCACGAGGCCCUGCAAGAGGCUCUUCCUGGUGACAAUGUUGGGUUCAAUGUUAAGAAUGUUGCAGUCAAGGAUCUGAAGCGUGGUUAUGUUGCCUCCAACUCCAAGGAUGAUCCUGCCAAGGAAGCUGCCAACUUCACCUCCCAGGUCAUCAUCAUGAACCACCCUGGACAGAUUGGAAACGGAUAUGCCCCAGUUCUCGAUUGCCACACCUCUCACAUUGCUGUGAAGUUUGCUGAGAUCUUGACCAAGAUCGACAGGCGUUCUGGUAAGGAACUCGAGAAGGAGCCCAAGUUCCUGAAAAAUGGUGAUGCUGGUAUGAUUAAGAUGAUUCCGACCAAGCCCAUGGUGGUGGAAACUUUCUCCGAGUACCCUCCUCUUGGACGAUUCGCUGUGCGUGACAUGCGACAGACUGUUGCUGUUGGUGUGAUCAAGAGCGUUGAGAAGAAGGACCCAUCUGGUGCCAAGGUUACCAAGGCUGCAGCCAAGAAGGGAGUCAAGUGAAUGGUGCAUUUUGGGGUGAGGAAGCUUGAUAAAGUUUGUCAUGGAAACUUUGUUUUUAUAAUUAGACCUUUUUUAACUAGUCUGUUGUUUUUCUUGUGGUGUAAUGUAUUGGGUAGUCUCUCUCAGAACUGGGUUCUUGACAGGAGGUGGCGAAAUUUACAGCUCACAGUUUUUUGAAGUUUUCGUGUACUAUGCUUGAGGUGCUCUGCUUAUGCAGUGCGGGUGUAGCUCGUGAUUUUUGUGUCAUUUUAUUGCAGUUUAAUACAUUCGGACCGUUUUGUUUCA